AUGCCAAGCGCAACUGUAUUACCUCGAAGUUCACUAGACCCCAUCAAUAUUGUCACUAGUCAGAGUCGGCUACUGCCACAGGAAUUUCGACGGACACAAUAUUUUCUACUUGAAAUGUUUCACUUCAGCUUUUUGCCAACAGCCUUCAAUACUGAUUGGUCGUUGGAAUAUGGUGAUGAGUCGGAUGGUUAUCUCAUUCGAAGUAUACCUCGAGUAUUUAGCAAUACUACAUGCAAUUGCAUGAUUUCGACAACAUGUCAAGAACCAUUACGAAUCGGUCCACCAGGUCUCUUUUUACCCGGUCUUGUUGUGGGAUGUUUACCUAUGGAGGGACUCCGCAUGUCUACACUUGAAUGUUUCUUCUCAUCGAGUUGCAUCUCUACCAUUCUCACUUAUCUUGAAUACUACAUACAAAUGGAUGGAUCACCACCUAUUGAUUUCGUUCCACCCACAGUACUACCCUUGACUAUAUCUCCUUUAAAUGAUUCAAUACCAUCGCGUUUUUCAAAGAACACAACAAUCGGUACGCUCAUUGACGAAUAUUUUCUCGAAGAUUGGACAUAUGAAAUAUCAUACGAAAAUUAUUUUGCUGCAUGUGCACCAAGUCAUUGCAAUUUUGAAUAUGUUACACGAAAUAAUAUCUUGUAUGUAGCUACAUCAGUACUUGGUCUUUAUGGUGGUCUUACAAUUGGUUUACGAUUCAUUAUCUGGCAUGUCAUAAGAUUUUAUCGAUUGAUGAAAAAUAAUAUUCAUUCUCAUCGAGUUACGGCUCAAUCAUAA